AUGACUUUCCAAUCAUUCACCUCCCUGCUCCUCACCCUUUGUCUCUCCUGGUGUCUCCUCUCCGUGUUUCCUGUGUUUUGCUUCCUGGAACUCGAGUUUGGAUUCCUGAGUUUCUUGGUGCCUGAACCAUCCGACUUGCUCAGUCCGUGUCCUGUGACUGCAGCUUCAGCCAGAAGGUGUCACUCCAUCUAUAAGGGUUUCGCUCAGUGUCUGCUGGCGCUGGGCGACAGUCUGACGGACAACGCCCGCAAAGACGAGGACACGCACGAGAUCCACUCCAUCUGCAGGUCGUGGGAUGAGUUCCAUGACUGUGCUAACGUGGCGAUGGCCGGCUGUCCAGAGGAAGCGGCGGCCAUCUGGGAGUCUCUCCGCCAGGAAUCCAAAAAGAUGCAGUUCUCCGGAAACCUCUACGACAUGUGCUCCAACCGAAACAGCUACCCGGUCUCCUCUCACGGUUCGUCCGACCAGGAGGAGAUCAACCAGGAGUCUCUACGAGGACGCGCCGAUCUUUUGGCAGCCCGCCGCCACUUCCUCGUGCUACUCUCUCCUCUGCUGCUCUUGUUCUUUUGGAUAUAACCAACUCAAAGAAGCGGGACUGAUGUGAAUAGAUGUAAACUUUGUGUUAUUUUUCUCCCUCCACGAGUCCAUAGACUUUUCACCGUUUCUUCCUCUGCUCUGCCAGAGGGUGAAAACUUCUAACUGCAUGUUCAGAGGCCUGACAGUCCUUUUGAUAAUGUAUCUUUAAACUGCCUGUGCUGUUUCAUGCAUAUUCUCUGCCUUUAAAUUAGUCUCUCUGUUUGAAGUUCACACAAAAUUCAUACAGAGCUACACAGCCACUGUACAAACAGGCCUGCAAACACAUGCAUAGUUAAACAGAUGCAAACAGCAGCCUCAUGUCAUCUGUCCUCAUCUCCUCGGCCCCGACAUCUACUCAGUGGGAGCUUUACAUGAUGGUUCCAGCAGGAAACAGUCACAGAUUUAAUCACGUUAGACUUCAUGGACCUGAAAAGGAUCAAGAGGUCAUAUCUCAAGAAUAGCUCCAGCGAAACAUUUACUUUUAUCUUGAACUCAUUGAUAAACGGUAAAUCUAACCUACUUGCCUUGUUUGAUCAUUAUAGUUCGACUCUGUGGAAGCUGAGUCUCCUAUUGAUUAACUUAUUUCCUUCAUUUUCCUCUCUGGUCUGUGAGAGCCGCCUCUGUCAAAGCUCCCGUUUCCAGAAAAAAUCUAUAUAACAGAAUGUGCGUUAAUGCACAUCAGCUAUGUGCAUGACGGGAGGUAGAUUCUCGAGAUUUGUGGCAGCAAUUUCCCAGUCAGGUGCCAUUAAUCCAUUGCAGAGAAAGAGGGUGCAUGAGUCACGUAAUUUAUCUGAAAUGUAUGAAAUCAUUAACAUUUAUUUCAUUUAUUAAUUUGAAGAGCUCAUUUUUUGCGGAAACAUUUUGGCUCUUCGGUGGAUUUUUUUAGGCCACAAAUCUUCAUAGGAAUGUGUCGGAUUUUCUUCCAACACAAACCUUUGCUGACAGACUUAACACUCCAGUCGUGUCUCAAAUCAGGGGCUGCAUCCUUCAGAGGUCGCAUUUGCAGACUGAUUGUGUCACAGUGGUGCCGCUAGAUUGUCCCAAUCUGAAGGUUCCUCCAAAUGCAGUAGUUAAUGGGCUUGUGUGUGACAUCUCGGCCAAAAAAGAUAUUGUGUGUUCAAACUGUAGUGGAGUGUUUUUCUAAAUGUACGAUAUCUUAGCUAAUGCACACAGAGAACCCGAAUUUGACUUUGGAUUUAAAUGAUUUCAUAAAGUACAGUUGUCUUUGAGAAACAUCAUCUGAGUAAAAUGAAAAACUUAAGUCAUCAAAACAUCAACAAUAGCUCCUGCAGUUUGGUUUCAUACUGAACAAAAGAAGCGCGUCACCACAGGCGUGAAGUUGAGAUGUGACUUGUAGUAGGUGUAUUAUUAAAAAUUUUAAUUUAACAAUGAGCGUUGUGUAAACUGUGGAAGAUUUAUUAUUUGCAGAGGAAAAAAAUACCUGGCAGCUUCCUCUGCAGCUGCUGCAGCGACAUGAGUUCUGGGCUGAAUUUGAAGGGGAGUCAGAGCUUUGGCUGUUUUUAUUUGGUGCUUGCUCAGGUAUGAAAUCCUCCAGGGCUCCUCCUUGGCAUCCUGCACGGUAGCCAUACAAUAUGGGACCAAUAUGUUCUCCGGGCCGAAUCACCGUCCUCACGCACGCCAAGUGUAUUUCGUGCUCCAUGAGUCGCAGUUCGGCCUCCGCAGGCUCGCUCACUCUGCUUGUUAUUCUACGUGGCUGCAGGUAACAGUUGUUUCAGUCUGGCCCAGGAUCAGAAUACUAUCAGAUCAGAGAGACGGAGAUGGAGAGCGAGAUGAGUGCACCUGGAAAAAGAACGGCGUUCUGCCUAGUUGAAGAUUGAAUCCACCUGUCUUAGCAGUGUGUUUUACACCAGGGGCUUUAGGUUGUAGGUUUUUUGUACUUCACAGAAAAAAUUAAUCAAACUUGGGGCCGACUUUAAAGACUCACACUUGACUGUGAAGAAGCACAAAACGAAAUCCUCAAAGGCUGCAACAGUGCGCUGACUUUAGGAGGGAUGGAAAUAAAACAACAUUGAUUAGACUUGAGAUUCAAAGAGUCAUGUUUCAGCUGCAGAACUGCAGGA